GAUCAACGCACACACAUCCUUACGCAUUCUCCCAGUCGUUGUGGCAACAACUGCUGUUAUUAUUAUUAUUAUUGAAAAGGGAAGAUAAAGUAUAGCGAGGAGACACACACGUGGUUAAAUUAAAAGAAUGCCUGGAAAGGAAAAGACGAAGAAGGAGUCGCAGCGCUCGAACCCGCUGGGGGAUGACAUCAACGCCGAGCGCUUCGCCAGCGCCAAGGCUUCCUCCCACCGCCGCGGUGACGACAGCAAUGCCGUCGACCAGGCCGGCUACCUCAUCCCGAACCACGCUACGAAGCGCAUUCUGCGCACCGCAAAGCAGCAGUUGGAGGACAUUCAAGAUGAGUUGACGGCGGAGGAGGCGUACGUAGGCGGCAACAACCAUGACGGCGAGGACGACGGCCUGCGCGAGCUGCUCGACAACGAGGAGAUGACGACGGAGGGCCGCGCGCACCAGUACGAGUUCGAGGCCGAGGCGGAUGCGAACAUGGCGGAGUUGGAGUACGACGACAACGAGUCGAUUGCGUCGGAGCUGCCUUCGGAGGCGAUGGGCGAGAUCACACCGGAGAUGUACGGCAUCGACGAGGAGGAGGCGAGGCUGCUCCACGCUUUCCAGCCCGCCUCUCGUGUGCAGAGCCGCAACUUGGCCGACAUGAUCAUGGAGAAGAUUAAGGAGAAGGAGGACGGUGCCCGCGGCGCGGCGCAAAGCUCCGGGCCGAAUGCGGGCGUGGACAACAACGAGGAUGACGAAGACAAGAUCGACAACCGUGUAGCGCGCGUGUACACCGCCAUCGGCACGGUGCUGAAGCGGUACACGUCUGGCAAGAUCCCAAAAGCCUUCAAGAUUCUGCCGAAUGUGAAGAACUGGGAGCCGCUACUGAUGCUGACGAAGCCGGAUCAGUGGUCGCCGCACGCCACCUACCAGGCAACCCGCAUCUUUGCGGCGAACUUGAAUGAGAACAUGCUGCAGCGCUACUACGCCGCCGUGCUGCUGCCCAUCGUGCACGAGCGUCUGUUAGAGGAAAAGAAGUUGCACCCCGCGUUGUACAUGGCUGUGCGCAAGGCUCUUUUCAAGCCUGUAGCCUUCUUCAAAGGCUUUCUGCUUCCUCUCGCCACGGACGAGGAGUGCACCCUGCGUGAGGCGCUUGUGGUGGCCAGCGUGCUGCAGCGCUCCCACCUCCCGCCGGUCCCCACCGCUGUCACGAUUUACAAGAUCGCCCAGCAGCCCUUUAGCGGGCCGUGCGCCGUGUUUUUGCGCGUCCUGAUUGACAAGAAGAUGGCGUUGCCCUACCAGGCCAUCGACGAGCUGGUCAAGUACUUCCACCGCUUCCUCGAGACGCACACGAAGGAGGAGGCGCUGCCGGUGCUGUGGCACCAGACGCUACUGACCUUCAUCCAGCACUACAAGGCAGACCUGACCGAGGCGCAGCUGGGCCUGCUAUCGAGCGUGUGCAACGUGCAUUUCCAUUACAUGAUCACGCCUGAGAUUCGACGUGAAAUUGUGGCCGCGCUGCGCAUGAAGCAAGGCGUGGCGUGA